AUGGCGGGUAAUUCUCCUCACGGUGGAGGUUUUCCAGGUGCCGGCGAUGAUUUCGAUCCUAUGACUCUACCCCCGAGGACCCGACCUUUCAUUCCCGGGAGGUACCGUCCGCUAGCACACGUCCUCCCUCGUGCUGUCUUUCGUCACUUCACCAGUUUUGACGAGCGAGCACCCGGGGAUCUGCUUCUCAGAGAGCCGGAGCAGCAUCUCUCUCACGAGGCCGGAGAGGUUGGUUCCCGCAGUGUGCGGGGGUAUGGUUCCACCAUCGCGCGGGACUGGUAUGCCGAGCUCCCGGAGGGUGUCCGAGAUUUGGUAGAUUUGGCGGGAUUCGGGCCCUUCUGCGUCGGGUUGUCGCAUUGUCCUGCCAGGAGGACAUUGAUGGCUGCCUUGGUAGAGAGAUGGUGGGACACCACCAACUCCUUUCAUUUCUCUGCUACCGGGGACAUGACCAUGACCCCUUUUGACUUCGCUGUAUUGACCGGCCUUGACAUCGGAGGUUGGUCCAUCCCCUACGAUGAGGAUAUGGGCGAGUGGGAGGCCGCCUGGAUGUAUCUAUUGGGGGCUCGCCCACCUGUUGACAGGGUCUCUGGGAGAGUCCGAUACACUUGGUUCUCUUCCCAUUUUCGGCGGGCGGAGAUGGUGCCUGAGACUCCCGAGGAGACAGAGCAGUAUGCCCGUGGUUUCCUUAUGUUCCUCUUCGGGACUACCCUGUUCGCCGACAGAGGGAACACCGUUGGGCUAUACCUGCUGAGCGCUCUGGUCGACCUAUCGCAGGUCAGUAGAUUUGACUGGGGGGGCGCCGGCCUGGCUACCCUUUACUUUUAUAUGAGCGCGACCUCCCGCGGGCGGGGCGAUUUGCUUGGCGGCUACUGGAGAGCCUGGGAGGUACUUUUCGUCCCCUUGAUUUACAUUUCUGCUUCUCAUUACUUGUAUAUUGCACACACACAGUGCACUUUUACACUAUGGGUCUAUGUAAAUUUCCUAUCAUUAGCCCCAGAGCUGGAGGUGGUAGGGAUUCCCGUGACCCCAUAUUCAUUGAUAUUCGAGGGCCCGCACCGGCCGAGACCUCGAGAGACCCUCCUUCGCCUGCGACAGUACUUCGACACUGUGCGACAUUCAGAGAUCACAUGGCAGCCCUGGGUGUCCCUGGGUGAUGGUCUCCGACUUCAGUAUUCCGGAGCGUCGGACAUCUCCCAGUAUAGGGUCCUGCUUGAAGGGCCGGUUGGCAGGGCAUGGUUCCUGGGGGAACACUUUCUGCGCCAGGUAUGGGGGUAUCUUUCUCAGGAUCCUCCCGCAGUACCUCCAGCCAGUAUGCGAACUGCUGACAGGCUCUCUUACUCGGAGGUAGUCGGCGCCGUGCUGGGCAGUGAUGCUUUAUUAUAUGUUGAGGAGGGGGACUACGCCACUUACCGUCACAUAUAUUUGAUGCCUCCAUUGACGGGAGCUCAUAUCCCGAUGAUGAGGCCUGCCGGUAUGUCAUCCUCGGGCCAGGCUCGGGCUCGGGCUGCAGACGCCCCUUCUACUAGUAGGGCCGGUACAUCUAGAGGUGGGAGUAGACCGGUUCCUCCGGCUCCGUCGACUCAUCCUCAUCUCGGAUGGCCAGAUAUGCCUACUGAUUUGAUGGCGUGGCAGUAUGGGGCUAGCUUUCCGACUCCGAUUCCACUAGAGCCUCCGAUGCCCAGUGAUCGAUACGCCAUUGAUCCGGACUCACCGCCGCCAUCGCGAGGGUACAUGGAGGAGGUGGUUGGGGUGGUGGCCACACUCGAGGGCAUGGUCCUGCGUAGGGAGGCACAGUUGUCUGUCGCGGGCAUUCAGAUGCCUUCAUGGUCCGGUCAGCCGCAGGCCAGGCCACCUAGGCCUCCUUGGGGAGCUGGGCCAUCUGGGCCUUUUCAGGGGGCGGGGCCAUCUCGGCCCUCCCGAGGAUCCGGGCCAUCUAGGCCUUUUCGGGGAGCUCGAGGAGGGCCUGUCCGCAGACCCAGGGCUCACGUUGUGGAGGUGGAGCCUGAUGAGGAGGAAGAGGAUGCUGAGGAGGAGGAGGAGGCUACCGACCGUCAGUCAGAGACAUCUGCUGAGGAGGGAGGCUCCGGUUUUGGCUCGGGGAAUAGAGGCGAGGCUGAGGGGGAUCCUGAGGAUGACAGCUACGACUCAGAUGAUGAUGAUGGUGCGGAGAUCGUCCCGCAGAAGAGGAUGAGGAGUGUUUCUCGUUCCCGUUCCCGAGGACUUUGAUGCUGUUGUUUCCUGCUUUAUUUUUCUUUUUGCUAGUAGUUUGUAGCACUUUGCACAUU